AAAGUAGAAAGAAUAAUAUAUAUUUAUAGGCAGAUUUGGAGAGAGUGAGGGACACCCAUCAGUUCUAUCUAGUUUCUUUGCAGAGGUGCAAAGUCUCUCUGUGUAUGGAGAUCUAGUUUUCCAUUAAACUCACUUUAAUAUAGUUGACAUUCUUUUAAGCAGUUAGUUAACUCAAAGAUUAGAAACAGAGCAAGAACAAUGGGAGAAUGCAGGGUUUUCUGUUUUCUCAUUGUUCUGGUUCUUGCGGUUGUUCAUGGCGUUAAUGGUGAAGACCCAUAUAGGUUCUUCACGUGGAAAGUCACGUACGGCGAUAUCUACCCUCUCGGUGUCAAGCAACAGGGUAUCUUGAUAAAUGGGCAAUUCCCAGGGCCUCAGAUCGAUGCUGUUACAAAUGAAAAUUUGGUUAUCAAUGUGUUCAACUACCUAAGGGAGCCAUUCCUCAUCUCUUGGGAUGGCAUACAGCAGAGAAGGAACUCAUGGCAAGAUGGAGUUUAUGGCACUAACUGUCCAAUCCGACCGGGAAAGAACUUCACUUAUGUUCUCCAAGUGAAGGAUCAGAUCGGUAGCUACUUCUACUACCCAUCAUUUGGAUUUCAGAAAGCUGCUGGAGGGUUCGGUGGCAUCAGAAUCUGGAGCCGUCCAGGGAUUCCAGUUCCCUUCCCUCCUCCUGCUGGGGACUUCACCAUACUGGCUGGGGACUGGUUCAAGAGAGAUCAAUACAUAUGGAGACGACUCUUGGACAGUGGUCGCAAUCUCCCCUUCCCUGAUGGACUUCUCAUCAAUGGUCGUGGGUCGAACGGUUACACGUUUACUGUUGAUCAAGGUAAGACUUAUAGGUUGAGGAUAUCAAAUGUGGGGCUUACGACAUCAAUUAACUUCAGAAUUCAGGGACACAUGAUGAAACUGAUAGAGGUAGAAGGGUCUCACACGCUACAGAACACCUACAGUUCACUUGAUAUCCAUCUUGGCCAGUCAUAUUCUGUCUUGGUCACAGCUGAUCAGCCUGUUCAGGAUUACUACAUUGUAGUUUCUACACGCUUCACCACUCAGGUACUGACAUCAACAGCCAUUCUUCACUACAGCUAUUCACAGAAGGGAGUUUCUGGUCCUGUCCCUAAUGGGCCUACCACUGAGAUUGCUUCGUCCCUCAGCCAGGCCAGAUCUAUACGUUGGAAUCUGACUGCGAGUGGUCCAAGACCUAAUCCCCAAGGCUCCUACCACUAUGGAAUGAUCAAGACUAGCCGCACAAUCAUGCUUGCAAACUCUGCUCCUUAUAUCAACGGCAAGCAGAGAUAUGCAGUAAAUGGCGUCUCAUUUGUUCCGGCAGACACCCCACUGAAGCUUGCUGACUACUUUAAGAUCCCUGGAGUUUUUAGUGUUGGAACCAUUCCUACCACUCCCCCCUGGGGAAAUAAUGCCUACCUCCAGACAUCCGUUAUGGGUGCUAAUUUCCGAGAAUAUGUUGAAAUUGUGUUCCAAAAUUGGGAGGACACUGUGCAGUCAUGGCACAUUGAUGGUUAUUCUUUCUUCGUUGUGGGAAUGGAUGGAGGGCAAUGGACACCUGCAAGUAGAACACGCUACAAUUUGAGAGACACAGUUGCCCGCUCCACUACUCAGGUGUAUCCCAGAGCAUGGACUGCAAUCUACAUGGCUCUGGACAAUGUGGGAAUGUGGAACAUAAGGUCUGAGAACUGGGCCAGACAGUACUUGGGUCAGCAGUUCUAUCUCCGAGUCUACUCCCCUGCAAACUCUUGGAGAGACGAAUUACCAAUCCCGAGGAAUGCCCUGCUAUGUGGAAGGGCGAGAGGCCGGCGUACAAGAUAUUUUUGAAGUGGCUAGACGUAAGUUAUUGUCACGAGAGGGUGGCAUGAUUCUUGGCCUGAAGUAGGUGAUCCUUGCGGUAAAGUAAUAAUGCGCGCAAGAGCUCAACUUGAGCUUUGAGUUGUUAUUUCUAUUGUUCAUAUGUCACGAGAGGGUGGCAUUGUUUGUAGAAUUUGUUCUUUCGCCUCCACUAUCUGUCUGAACAGUACCAUUAUUAUUAGAUUUAUGACCUAAUUAAUCUUCGUAGGAGAUUUGGGGUAUAUUUGUUAA